GAGAAGGUAAACUAAAAGACGAACGACACAUCUCUAUGUACUCUCUCUACACAACAGAGUGGUAAUUGAGAUUGGUUUUGUUACUCAUUCAUUCAAGGAUUGAUUUCUCAAUUAAGUUAAGAAAAUGACACAUUCUAUCUCAUUUUCUGUUGAAAUGAGGAGUGCAGUGGUAGAGACAAGCAGCAGCAGCCAAGAAAUAGGAGGAGGAGGAGGGAGAAGUUGCGUUUCCAUUAGAAAUCGCCAGACAACUCGUUCUUCGGCUAAUUCACUCUCUAGAUCAUCUUGUCAACCUCAAGACUCUUCUUCAUCUGUUUCUUCAUCAGAUGAUCAUGAUCAUGCUACUUGUGCCACUCCCACAUGGAUUGGAAAGGGUCUUACUUGUGUUUGUUUCAAAAGAAAAGGAGCUUAUGAGCGGAUUUGCAUCAAUUUGACACCAUUACAGGAAGAUAGAUUGCGGAGGUUGAAACAUAGAAUGAAGGUGAAUUUUGAUGCUUCUAGAGCUGACCACCAGAUAUCCUUCCAACGUCUUUUAAAUAAGCAAGGGGGUAAACGAGCUACUUGGCAGUAUCCAUUUUCCGCUGCUGGCGUGAAUAUUACAUUCAUGAUCAUGCAAAUGCUAGACCUAGAAUCCACGAAACCAAGGACCUUUGUAAGAGCAGUUUUCAUCCAGAUGUUAUCAGAAGAUGAAUGGGCAUUUGACUUGCUUUAUUGUGUGGCGUUUGUGGUCAUGGACAAGCAAUGGCUAGACAAAAAUGCCACAUACAUGGAAUUCAAUGAUGUUCUGAAAUCAACUCGGGCUCAACUUGAACGAGAACUUCUACUGGAUGAUGUCUUACGGAUUGAAGACAUGCCGUCAUAUGGCCUUCUCUGUUGACAGUAAUUUAUGUGCCCAAUCGGUAAGAAUUCAACCAAAUUGGUGCUUCAAGUUUAUUAAGCUGUAUAAUCUUCUCUCAUUCAUCUAGUGUCAAAUGUAAUCUGGUUCCAAGAACGGAAAGUUAACAUAGUAUUAAACUACAAUAUUAAUGUAAAUUUUAUAAUUCAAAUUUGAGAAACAAUGGUUAA